AUGGCUGCACCCAGGCACGCUCUGCCCAACUUGUCGCAGUUUGCACCUCGGACUGGAGUAAUCGACACCACUUGCGAAAGCCAACCAAUUCGCCCCAACGAUGGGCUACAACCUUCUACGAAAUCAAAGAGGCGGAGGCGUCUCUCGGCGACAGAAGAUCAGCCUGCGAAAGACAGGAUAUUCUUUUUUGUCGAUUCGAAUUCUUCAUCGCGGGAAAAGCGGGCGUAUGUCAUGCGCCACCACGUCCAGGAAAAGCGACGGCAGCGCAAACAUUUACACCCUCACAACUCAGACGAUAGAAGGAAUAACCGACCCCUUCGGUAUCUCCCUUGGAAGCAGAAGACGAACGAAAAGGACGACCUCGACGGAAUCGAUGCAGUUGGAGGAACUGAAAGUGAGACAGUGUCUCAGAGUAACGCCUUGAUCCAGACACGCUUUCCCACGCCUAGACCCGCAGUCAGUGCUUAUAACAAACCCCUUCUUACGUCGCCCAUUGGCUUGCUUGAUGCAUCCAGUCAAGACCCUUUCCACAGUCUACCGAUGGUCUGCUCACAAGAAGAUCUUGAGCUGAUUGAUUGUUGGACAAACAAACUCACAUAUUGGUCUGGUCAAAAUAAGUACAUUAAGGACCAGAUUUUCCGCUCUGCCAUGGUUCACCCAUUACCUUUCCAAGCGGUCGUGCUUGGCUAUUGUUCCCGAUGGAAGGCUCAUAUUCAUAAUUUGACGGAUAGCCGACAAGUUCAAACUCAUAUUGGACAAGCUACGCGAAACAUAGAAAAGAUCAGAACAGGGUUGAUGGAUAUCGACGGAGACAAUCUCGCCAUGGCAUUAACAGGAUUGUCGCUGCAAGAAGAAAGAUUCGGUAGCCAGCAAAAGGCCCGAGAAUAUGCUGACCAGGCUGUCCAGAUUCUUCGAUCCCAGGGCGGGACUCGCAAAGGUGUCCAGGUAUUCUUGCAUUAUGUGCUAUAUGUCGCGAUAUCUCCACGGCCAACCGUCGACAAAGUCGGCCAACGGUGGCUGGUCACGUUUCUUCGCGCGGCCGAGGAAAUGAUGCAUAAACACACAUCAGCUGCGUGCCUGUCAUCUGUUCCCCUGCGACGAGAGGCAUUUCAAAUGGAUGGCUUAUUGUUCCCUUUGCUUUCCAGCGGGCCACGCCCAUCACAAGUGCCGCACACUUCGCGCCUAUACGUGGUGCGGGAUACGCCCAGCCAGGAGAUCUGCCGUACUGCGGCACUCAUCUAUAUUGCGACAACUUUAUGGGAUUUCCAAGACUCGCCGAGUAAAAUGAAUCGUUUCCUCAACUACGUUAUCACGGUCGUGAAGCAACACAAGCUUGAUCGUCAUCCUGCAUGCGAGACUCUAGUAUGGCUCUUAUUGGAAGAAGGAUACGAAGCAGAUAUGAGGGAUUCCGAACGAGCAUGGUCUACCGGCGAGCUAUUGAAGACACACAAGCAACUUCGACCAGACCUACAAUUCCAGUUCAAUGAAAUAUUACUGAGCCUGUUAAUGCUCACGCCGCCCGUGCGCGGUAUUGAUGCUUUUGAGGAGGAGCUCAACGCCGCUGCACCUGAAAUUGUGGAGCAGCUUUGA